UGCAAAAAAAUAAAAGGGUGCCAAGAAGCUGGGACAAGGGAACGUGGGUGUAAAUAGACAGUGAACGCUCUUGGUCUCUCUCUCUCUCCCUCUCACUCUCUUCUCUCUCUCCCUCCCCUUUCCUUUCUCUCUCUUUCCCUCUGUCUCUCUUUUAUGAAAUCAAUGAACGAGUUAUUGGUUAGGACAUAAAUAUAAGGAAUCAAAGCCUUCACCGGGACCAACGGCAUUGCGCGCUUUUUGAUAUGCGUCUUCGCCAAACGCUACAUGUGUUUUCACAUCAAUGUAAAUAUUGGCUUUGAUAGGACGAGAGCGGAGUCAGCUCUGGCACGGCUUGGUCUCGGAACCACAUUUUGACCAAGACUUCCACCAGCUUUUAUUUUUUUUUAUUUUUUAUUUUUUGUUUGACGUGAAACGCUUCUCCACCAUCGCCAUCUGCAGUUGCCGUAACCGUCCCAACUCACUGGCCAGUCCGAAGAUGGCAACUUUAACCAACGGGCAGGUGGACGGCACGGUGCACGGCGUCGGUGUGGUCUCCGCCAGCACGAACGGGCUCGUGAACGGAUUAAGCCACAGCCACAGUCCGGCGGGCUGUCCGGCCACCAUCCCCAUGAAGGACCACGAUGCCAUCAAACUCUUCAUCGGUCAGAUCCCACGCAAUCUGGACGAGAAAGACCUCCGGCCCCUCUUCGAGGAGUUCGGCAAGAUCUACGAGCUCACUGUGCUCAAGGACCGCUUCACGGGCAUGCACAAAGGCUGUGCCUUUCUCACCUACUGUGCCAGAGAGUCGGCCCUGAAAGCCCAGAAUGCAUUGCACGAGCAGAAGACCCUGCCAGGGAUGAACAGGCCGAUCCAGGUGAAGCCAGCAGACAGCGAGAGCCGAGGAGAAGACAGAAAGCUCUUCGUGGGCAUGCUCAACAAGCAGCAGUCGGAGGACGACGUGCGGCGCCUCUUCGAGUCCUUCGGCGGCAUCGAGGAGUGCACCAUCCUCCGGGGGCCCGACGGCAACAGCAAAGGUUGUGCGUUUGUAAAAUACUCCUCUCAUGCUGAAGCUCAGGCAGCCAUCAGUGCACUACACGGCAGCCAGACGAUGCCUGGUGCCUCGUCCAGUCUGGUGGUAAAGUUCGCCGACACGGAUAAGGAGCGCACCAUCCGCCGCAUGCAGCAGAUGGCUGGUCAGAUGGGCAUCUUCAACCCGAUGGCCCUGCAGUUCGGCGCUUACGGAGCCUACGCUCAGGUGCAGCAGCAGGCGGCGCUGAUGGCGUCCGUGGGCCAGGGAGGCUACCUCAGUCCAAUGGCAGCCUUUGCUGCUGCCCAGAUGCAGCACAUGGCAACUAUCAACGGCCUGCCAGGAGCACCGCUGACCCCCACGUCAGGUGGCAGCACUCCUCCAGGCAUCAGCGCCCCCACGGUGACCAGCAUCCCCUCCCCGAUCAGUGUCAACGGCUUCACCGGCAUGCCGCCCCCACAGGCCAACGGACAGCCCCCCGCGGAAGCUGUCUUCACCAAUGGGAUACACCAUUACCCCGUGUUGCAGGAGGUGGUGUUCAGGGAGGACUCGGAGAAGAACGGCCUGGGCGUGGCUCCGCGGAGCUGCUUCGGGGUUCAGGGCGGCUGCUUCCUCUCCUCUCUCUCUGAAGCUCAAAGUCCCACUGCAGCUGAUCCUCUCCAGCAGGCUUACACAGGAGUCCAGCAGUAUGCAGCAGCCUACCCUGCUGCAUACGGUCAGAUCAGCCAAGCCUUCCCCCACCCUCCUCCCAUCAUUCCACAGCAGCAACGAGAAGGACCAGAGGGUUGCAACCUGUUCAUCUACCACCUCCCUCAGGAGUUUGGGGAUGGAGAGCUGAUGCAGAUGUUCCUGCCUUUCGGUAAUGUCAUCUCCUCCAAAGUGUUUGUGGAUCGGGCGACAAACCAAAGUAAAUGCUUUGGGUUUGUGAGCUUCGACAACCCCGGCAGCGCCCAGGCUGCUAUCCAGUCAAUGAACGGCUUCCAGAUUGGCAUGAAAAGACUCAAGGUGCAGCUGAAGCGGCCGAAGGACGCCAACCGCCCCUACUAGCCCCGGCCCCAGCCAGGCGCCGCCCGCCAUCAUGGCGGCAGGGGCAGCUGUCGCACACAGGGAAAGACAGGUUUUAUUGAUCUGAAUCAUAUGUUGACACCACUGAGUGCAAACUCAACAUCUGGACCACCGAGGCUGCUUCAGAAACACAGGGGAGAGAGGGAGAAAGAGAGAGAGAGUGACGGCCGAGUGGAGGACGCCUCCUUUUGGAUGUACUAAAACUUUGGAACUCAGAGCCCAUUGGUACCGGCCCGGUUCGCCCCGGGACCUUUUUCUUCUGCACACAUAUACACAGCCCCUUUCCCCACAAAGCCCUGCUUGAAUGACAGCUACCUUUUUUCCGGACCACAAAAAACAUUGUUACUUGAACAAUGAGGGAAAAAAGUAAUGUCAGACCCACUCACAACGACCAACCCCACUGAACUUUUAACAGGAGUAUGGAUGUCAAAAGUCCAACAAGAACAAAACGAACUUUUUAAAAACUCAGUAGAGGAUUGCCGUAGGAGAUCUUUCUGUAAGAUGAUUUGCGUUUGGGGCAAUUAACGUUUGAAGACCAAUUCAUAAGACUUGAAACAAAAAGGGACAAACUCUUGGAGAGAGCACUUAAGUAGGGAAUGUGAUAUUUUCAGGACACAAAUUGGCUUCGAUUUGGGAUGGCCAUCUUUAGCUCGGAGUGCCUGUCCGUUUCCAGGGGAUACCGUUGCCAAGGAGAGCCAUAGCAACGGUCUCCAGGGAGUCUUACCUGUCAUUCCUUAGUUGUUUUAGGGACCAAAAGACCAAACAUUUUUAUUGCUGAGGACUUGUAGCUCUAAUAUACUCGGACCACUGCGUCUCUUUCAGUCAGUGUUAACUGGUUGAGGAGUUGCACCUAAAAGAAGUGUACAUUUCAAAUAUAUACAACACAUGUAUAUAUACAUAUAUAUUGCUGAUAUGCUUUUUGAAUACAGGCAAAACUAUUUCAGACGACCAAAUGGGGUCUCUCACUUCGCUAGUUUACAAUUACUCAAAAUGUUUAUUUUUUUCUCUUCUCAUUUUGUCUUGGGAGGGAUGGCGAGUGCAUGGGAGGGGCUGCUCAGUAUCACAGCCUUAUCUUUUUUAACUUGACAUCCUAACCUCAUAAAUAGAAUAACAUCGGAAACGUUUGAGAUAUAUGAACUUGUUUAUAUUUGCAGUACAUAUAUAUGUAUAACAAGCAUUCAAGCAAAUGUAUUCAUAUAUACAAUAUAUAUGGAUAAAUAGAUAUUAAUCAAACAAAUAUAUGUAUUUAUAUGCACAUAUUUUAUAUAUGUGUGUCUGUAUAUAGAACGGCUACUGACUACAUUGAGCUGUAAUUUUUGUAGAUUUUAGCGGGAGUUUGAAACAUUGCUCUGCUUGGGAAGAAUCGCAAACGUGGCAGCUCCCUAAACUGCAGGCAUUCCUAUCUCUGAUUAAUUAUAUGCUGACACACGAUAUAUUGCUAAAAGAUACAUGUGUGAGAAAACACAUAUGGUGUAAAUAUUAUCUGAAAAUGCAAAAAGCCACAUCUCAGUAGCAGGCUUUAAGAGAAUCAGGCUAAAUGAUUUUAGAGGAAAAGGACAAUUAUCUUCGACUCUAUUCCAAACAUAUCUUUUGAGCUUACACUCAAACACACACACGCACACACACACACGCACACACACACACACACACACACACAGCAACACGCUGACAUACACAAACUUCUCUUUGAAACUUGAACCAAAAUGAAUAUGUCUCACAACCCUUGCUCUUUUUUGCAUUCAGUAAAGUGCAUGUAGCGUAUGGGCUGUCACCAUGUCAAGGUGUGCCUUGUCACCUGCAGAAUCUGCCAUCAAGCACUGUGCUCUCAGAAAAACAAAGAAAAAAAAAAACUGAACACACACGACUGCAAGCAGCCAACGCGCUAUUAUGAUGUCAAAACUACAGCCAGAUCCAUAUCAUUCCUCAGCCGCGUAGAGAGCUCCAGUGCAUGUCCAACACAACCAACAGCCCAACCACUGUUGGUCAAUCAUCGUCUUUGGGGAGAAACUCAUUUUAGGACAAAUGUAGUCUCACACAAUUACACUUCGCAUAAAAGCGGGCAUUAGGUGAACCUGUCGGCACAGGUCCUGACUAUCAACGCUGUGUGCAUGGGACUCGUGAACAAAUCCCAGUGGUCGGAGUUAAAUCUGGUACAGUAUUCUUGGUCUGGUGGACCUGGCAUUAGGUAUUAAUAGUUAGCGAGGUGUGUAACAUGUCAAAUCUGAGUGCUGAGUGCUGGCGUCCGUGUGAACAGAUUAAGAUAAACAGGCUUUUACGUGCUUUCCCCUCCAGCAGCUAACGUGUGGCUCUCUGCUGGUAAUACUUGACAUGAAGCAUAUCCUUUAGAAGUUGUUAUAUUGCCUUAUGCUAUAUGUCAUCAUGGAGUUAAAUACAAACAUAAAAACAUGACGAAACUGUCAAAUGAAGCAAUAACGAGCCAUUUAUCCGCGACAACUGCUCUAUCACCAAGGCUGGUUUCAUAUUGCUUUAACAUAUACAGUUUCUCAUAACCAUCUACAGAAAUGGCAAACUUCUACUAUACAUGCCUGCAAAAGGUCAACAGAGUUGGACCCUGCAUUCAACACAUCUUCUGCUGGUGGAGAUUGCUCAAUGAAUAUUUAUAUAUAUGAAUAUUUAUAAGGCUAUAUGACACUUUGGAAGACAGUGCUUCCUGUUGGGUGCUGGUACUAGUUUUCCUAUAAACUGCUCAUUAUGCCAUGUCCCCAGCGCCUGUAUCUAACCUUUUUAAGCAGAUUGAAUAUUUUAACAUUUACCUUCUGGAUUCAGCGAGACGCUACCCGCUAGUUACUAUCGCAUCCCAGGAUGCCUCUGUUUGUGUGCGCCACAUAACAAUGUCCCGAACACGGCAUGUAAUACAAACCAGAUGACCACUCUGAUCAUUUUAUGCCUUGACCACCUCUAUAGUGGGCUGGUACAAAAAGUCCUGUACAUCCACCCGAACUGUCAGCACUAACAGUAACAAGUGAAGCUAAAUGUCAGAUGUCUGGAGUCCCUGAUCGCCACACUGUGCGCCCUCUGACUGCUCGCCGCUGCUCCGAGGAAAUUGAAAUAGGUGCCCACACGGCCUGCGCUUGCCUAAUGAUUUGUUAGAGCCAUCACUCACGUCCGUCACCGAUCCCACGUUUCUACAUGGAGCGAAAUAAGCAGCAGUGACCGCGGGGGGUAGAAUGCCGAGCGCCUCAUCUUCAUUCGCUGCGACUUAAAGCUGCAAGUUUACACGAGAAAAGUAGAACAAAGUGUAGUGGUUCAAAAGAAGAAACAGAGCAGAAGUUUGAAUAUAAAUAUAUAUAUAAAUAUAUAAAUAUAUACAUAAAUAAUGAAUAUACUGUAAAUUGUUUCCUUUUUUGCUCUGUUUUCCUCUGUAAAUAGGUUUGCAUAUUUUAUAGGACUUUUACUUCUAUCUACAAGGACUGGAUAAAGUACUUUAAAUACUUAAAAAAAUAUAUGAAUGAAAAUAUGAUAAUGCUCAUUAAAACCAGGUACAAAAAAAAUUGUUGCUAGGAUACGGUACAAACUGUAGGACCUGACCAAGGCAUUUAUCCAGAAUACAGUCAGGGAGAGCAUUGACCUCAGUUAGAGCUUAGGCACAUUGACCUAUUUUAUUAGGAAACUUACUUUGAUGGGGUUCAUUUCAUUGACCUAUUUGUUUAGACUUUUAUUUAUGAGUCAUGUCUGAGAUGAUAUGCAUGCUUUCAUGGCAUUAUUUUUCUAUGAGUUGGUAUGUGACCAAAUAGUUUUUAUAUGACAUGAAUGGGCCACCGUUGUGGUCCACAGAUGAUCAUCGUUCCUGUCUCCAGGACCAUGCCUUCAGCACCUCUUUGAUGAUGAUGGAGAAAAAUGCUCCUAUUGACCAAGUGAUGUCAAAGACAGAUUUUAACAAUAUUUAUUUAAUUGUUUAAGUUAUUUAUUUAAUUUAUGUAUUUAUUUAUUUAUUUGUGCUGUUCGAUUCAAGAUCUGAGCUCUAUUAUUGCCACUCAUCUGUUUGCUUGAGCUACUUUGUAUAACUACAUCACAUAUUACUGCUUUAGAUAGUGAAAGGUACCAUUUAAACAACUUAAAAGACUGAUUUUACAUUUUCCUGUUGCUGAUAAAUGACUCCAAACAAUGCAGUGCAAUACUAAAGCCUUACGUAUGUUUGUAAUUAUUAAUUCAUAUUAUUCUAUUCUAAAAAAAUAACAGUCAAUGCUGUAUUGGGAAGAGUAACAUUUUCACUUUCAUUGUCAUUUGCCUCCCUUCUGAAAUCUUUUGAUAUGCUUUGAAGUCAAAAUCCUUCUUAGUUAAAAACAUGCUCUUAACAAUGUUCAAUUAGAUGUGUAUUUACAGCAGAAGACCUAUAAGUUGCAAAUUUGUAAUGAGCUACUGUUUGAUUUCAUGUUAAUCCUUUAUUAACUGCAUGCAUAAAAUGCCAGUUUUUGUGUUGCUCCUGUUAUUUGCUCCUCUGCUUUGUAUUGUUUGACAGAGCUCUGAUCUUGUUCAACUGAUCUGUUCUACCAAGAGCAAAAUUCAAUAAGAACUGCACUAUCUCAUCAAAAAAACUGAGUUACCAUAAUUUCUAGUGCUGUUGAGGUUUUUAUUUCUGAAGUAGUGUUGCUAGAAACAUUUUAAUUUAUAUGGUUUUGAAAGUAUUCUGGAAAUCAAUUUCCCAAUUUCAGCACAUACAGUACGGAGGAGGGGGAAAUGAAUGUCGCAUAUUAAGCUUUGCCGGGUUCCUGAUGAGCUAAGAUUCUGAUUGGGCAGUGCGCUUUAAGCUCCCGCCCCUGUUUCUCCAGACUGCACCAUUCUCUGGUCCCCUGGACUCUUUUUUUGUAAUUUUAAAUGAAUGAUGCGUCUCAGCUUAGCCCAAUAAUAAAGCACAGUCUAGAAUAAA